AUGGGUGAUCCUGUGCAAUCUCGGGAUGGUACUAGCGCUAUUCAGGGGACUGUCCUCUGCCGCUCUAAGCUUGUCGGCGCCAAAGGUUGGACGGGAUGUCUUGUACUGGGAGGGGGACCUUUGAUAAUCAUCUCGAUCUUCCACCCAAAGGGUAAAGGAUGGGUUCGGCCGAUGCAGCAAAGUGACGGCACUACCGAGUGUUUUGGCAGUGCGAUCCCACAUCAUCCUGAUUAUUUCAGCCACACGGGAUGCGGGUCGACGUUCACAUUACGACCCACGACAAGACCACAGGAACACGUGCCGGGGAUGUCCAGCGAUCGGGUCAAGCGCUUACAAAAUGCAAAUACAGAGUACCAGUCUACAUUCGUACUGUACAUCCGUCCUUGUAAUGGCUGUACAUUUGUUCAAUAUGAAAAUUACAGCCAUCACUAA